AAGUUUUCCGGUGAUUUCCUUAACCAUCAUGGCUUCGUCGGAGGGAUUAGCAAGCGUUGACCCUUGGUCAUUCCGUCAAAACUUCAACAUCGAUUCAUGGCUAAUCUAUGAUUCCUUCUCUCACGAUAGUGAUUUACUCGCUAAAGCUCUUCACAGAUCCAUCUCCACUUCCACCGAAUCAUCUCCUCUUUCUCCUUCAUCUUUCUUCGAUUCUUCAACCACCGCCGUCUUAGUCUCCGAUCUUUCUCCUCCUCAAACUCUCUCCAACGUCUCUUUCGGCUCAGAUCUAGAAAUCUCCGCCGUCGGCGGUGCUCUCGGUGGAGCGAAACGAAAACGUGGUCCUGGUGCUGCUAUUGGUUCACAGAUUUGGGCUCUGUUUCAGCUCCUAUUGGUUCGUUUCAUCAUCAUCAGUCAAGUGCUGCUACAACGACGGCGAACGUUGGUGGUGGUAGUGGUGGCUCCGCCGUGGAAUUGGAUAGUUACCCGAGCUUCCCAACACUUGAAUCAUGGAAAGUUAUGUGAUCGAUCUUAGUGUUUGUAGAUUUAAUCUUCUUUUUUUCUUGUAUUUCUCUUUUGUUAUGAAGAAUCUUGUUUUCGUCCUUAGCUUUUGCAGCUAUGGAGUCUCUUGUUCAUACUUUUGGGGAAAUCAAAUGGUUAAUGGAAAAAAGCUUCUGUUUUUUAUUAAUUACUGCAAUAAUAUGUUAAUUUUAAU